CACAAAGACGCUGCUGCAGCUGCCGGACUGCACCGAGAAGAUGGGAUCAGCUCGGCUGUGCUCGGCGCUGCUGGCCCUGGCUCUGGUUCUGCUGGCUCUGCAUCAGUCCACAGCCUUCUGGAUCGUCAACGUCGUCUUCCCCCCAAACGCCAAACUCAGUGAGCAUAGCAACGACACCUCACCGCUCAUUAUCGUACCGGGAAACUUGGGCAAUCGUCUGGAAGCCAAACUAGACAAGCCAACACUGGUCCACUGGAUGUGCUACAAGAAAACCGAGCACUGGUUCCCUCUGUGGAUCGACCUCAACAUGUUCAUGCCUAUAGGUGUGGACUGCUGGAUUGAUAACAUUAGACUUGUUUACAACAGGACCAAUCGGCGGUCUUCCAACUCACCAGGGGUGCAGGUACGGGUGCCAGGAUUUGGCCAGACCUUCUCCAUAGAGUACCUUGACUAUAACAAACUGGCUGGUUAUUUUCACACUAUGGUGCAACAUUUGGUCAACGUGGGCUACGUCCGAAAUGAGACCAUCCGUGGGGCCCCGUAUGACUGGAGAUUAACUCCCAACGAGAACGCAGAGUACUUAACAAGGCUACAGGAACUGGUUGAGGAGAUGUACAACCAGUAUCAGAAACCAGUUUACCUGCUGGGACACAGCAUGGGCUGUCACUACGUCCUGUACUUCCUCAACAACCAGCCUCAGGAAUGGAAGGACAAGUACAUCAGGGGCUUCAUCUCCCUAGGAGCACCAUGGGGUGGCGCUGUUAAAGCACUUCGAGUCCUGGCCUCAGGUGAAAAUGACGGAAUCCCAAUGAUUUCUAAUAUCAAGAUCCGUGAGGAGCAGAGAAUGGUCACAACUAAUCCUUGGAUGCUCCCAUCUGAAGAUACCUGGCCGAAGGACCACGUCUUCAUCUCCACACCAUCCUAUAACUACACCCACCAGGACUACAAGCGCUUCUUCAAAGACAUCGAUUUUGAGGACGGCUGGUACAUGUGGGAGGACACCAACAAUCUCACCGGGGCUCUCCAGCCUCCUGGCGUCGAGGUGUGGUGCAUGUACGGCGUAGGGCUUCCAACCCCUGUUACAAACAUUUACGAUGAGGAUUUUCCCAACACGGACCCAGUGGACUUUGUUUAUGCCGACGGAGACGACACGGUGGCCAGUUCAAGCAUGAGCCUAUGCAAACGUUGGAUUGGGAAGCAGGAGAAGCCUGUCCAUGUGACAGAGUACCGAGGGCUCACACACCUGGAUAUAGUGUUCCACGAAAAGGUGCUCUAUCAAAUCCAGCAAAUCCUGGAAGGCCAAUCAGACACGCCCGAAGAGGUGGAUGUCCGGUUAGAGGACAUAUAACAGAAACAGUAUGUGGUGGUCAAAAACACUCAAGGAGCUGGAUUCUCACACAGUUGAAUCUUGAGUCUCUAUGUAGCAAUACGAUGUCAUUCCACAUGGGACACCAUAACACACAAAAGUUCAUUUUCAGACAGGCCAACCCCUGACAAAAAAAGCCUGUGUAAAGCCUGAUUUAUGUUUCUAACAUCAUUGUUGACAUUUAUGCUUUUUCAUU